AUGUAUUCAACAUCGACAACCACAAGACGAUCAAAUAGGUUGCUUUCACAGGCGGAAUCGCCACAGACGAAAUCGUCUCCGUUGACAGCUGCCAGCCUCGAUGGGACUGAUUUCAUGCGUAUUAUGCGCGCCUCUGCUGAAUAUGGAAUCCCGAUGAUACAAUUGCGCAAACCAGAGCCUCAAGAUCAAGAGUCUGUAGACGAGCCUAUUGCUCUCGGUAGCGGCCUGACUGCCAAGGUUGUUCAACACACAUUACCAGAGGAGAUCAGUUCGACACCACUGAAAAGUAGGCUCGUCGCGGUCAAGAUCUUUGGUACCACAUCUUCGGACACGGACCCGGGCGCUCGGCGCACAGUCUACGACUGCAUUCUCAGAGAGCUACAGACAUUUUGCAACCCAAUGCUUAUUGGACACCCAAACAUUGUCCAACUACGCUUCAUUGGGUGGAGCAAAGGCGAGCCUUUUCCACGACUCGUCAUGGAACACGGGUCACACGGCUCCUUGGACUACCAGAUACGAACUUUUGGCCCUGGCCUUAACGCUGCGCAAAAGCGCCAUGUGACUAUUGAUAUUGCCAUGGGACUCGCUGCAAUCCAUAAAGCUGGCUUUGUUCACGGUGAUCUCAAGCCAGAGAAUAUCAUUCUUAUGCCUUAUGAGGACCGGUCUCGUUCAGUUGUGGCCAAACUCAUUGAUUUUGGGGGGAGUGCUCAGUUAGCCAGUGAAAAGGCAGGUCAGCCCGUUCACCAUACGCCUCUUUGGAGCGCCCCCGAAGUCCUCAAUGAAGAUCCAGACAUUGAUUGGCAGAGGGCGGAUAUCUACUCAUAUGGGUUGGUAGUCGGAAGUUUGUGGGCGAUCGGUCGAUCCAAGGGUGGUUUUGAUGCACAAAGAACAGAGAAGUCUAGCUCCAACUUCUUAGUCUCGUAUCUUCCUUCCGCCCUGUCAAAUGAAGAAAGGAAAGCUUUCCUUUGGUAUCUCAAGAGUAUCCAAGACGAGGUGUCUGACCACAGCCUUCGUAGCCUACUGAAAAGGAAGCUCGCGCAGUCUCUUGAAAGCGAUACUGACAAGGAAACACUUCUUAAUAUUCUGGCACCUACGCUGAGAGCUUACUUUUGGUUGCGGCCCACUGCUGAUGACCUAUGCCGAAGUUUGCAGUAUUUUGCCGCAGCGGAGAGUCGAGAUACAAGGAGUCGCCAACUAAUAAUGAUGAAGUCGGCACCGGCCGCUAUCCUUCUAGAGCAAGCUAAGGUUGCAUUUGAUAAAAUGGGAAACAUAGAAACACACCACCCGUCCAACUUCGAUAUUCCCGAUGAACUCCCAGAGGAAAUGGAUCCUCACGAGUACUCCAAGCAACUGGCAACACGCAUCCAACAGCUUGCGCUUGGUCAAGAUCGUGACCGAGCGAAGGAGAACCUAGCUCAAAAUAAUACCAGAGCGCAGCUAUCUUAUUUCAUUGCCCUCGCCAAUCUCGACGGCCAUAGAGCCUCAUCCUAUCUAGAGGAAUUUGGCAAUAAAAUUUGCGUCUCGGCACUUGGUGGUAGCAGCACAGCUAUCUGCCUAGCAAGCCUGAUACUUAAUGACACGCCUAAGGAGUCCCGCUUUCCCAUUCGCUUAUUCCUCUCUUUACUUGCACUCUGUGGUUCAGAUCGUGCUGCGCAAAUACUAUAUACUCGUUGGCCCGCACACUAUCGUCUCAUCCAGAAAAUCUGUGGCGAUAGAAUAUUAGGUCAUCACGAUCCUCGAAACCUUUUCGAUAGCCCCAAUCUAUUCAUGCACUUGGCCUAUGGAGGGUAUAGAAUACAUCCGGAGACUCCUGAAGUACCAUCUACAACAUAUCAGGCAGUUACUGAAGGGGAAGCACAGGAUAUUCGAAAGAUUCUGCUGAGCCACACGUCGGAUGAGAUAUCACAGAAACGGAUACAGGGUGGUUUACACCUCCUUGUGCGACUACCAGACGUCGAAGCUGUGGAUCUCGUUGAAUUGGCAUAUCAAAGAGGUGCCAAGUUAGGGUAUCUUGAUCGGUUGAGUUCCGCAAUAGGACUUGCAAGCUUUGAAGAUUCAUUAUCCUCGGUACCUCGAGACGGUUCUCCUCUCUCUGCGGCAAUUCGACGCGGCAAGUUUGACCUCGCUAUAGCGAUCUUCUAUCUACACGUCAAUUUUGAAGAACCCAUACCGGACUUUGGUACUGCUCUCACACUCAGUUUUGCCUAUCUACAUCAUGAACUUGGCCAGUUUCUUUUACAACUCUCCCGUGACAACCCCCGCAUGUGUCUUGAUGGUCAAAAUAUCUGGAAAGCAACAGAUGGCUUGCUGACCACACUUCUCACACCGAUCGUCUUACAGGACACCUUUUCUCAACACUAUGUGGAGAGGCGAGCACUACAUGGUAGUGGCUAUGACAAGAAAUACGAGGAUACGAUCAAAGUCCUGCUAGAGGAAGGAGCCAGCCCAGUCGACGGUAUCCUUACCUCAUGCCCACUGUUCAAUGCUUUGCGAUGGGAUGAUUUAGUAGUCACAAAACUGCUCGUCCAGAAUUUACAAGAGAGGAACAUAGAUGCUCUAUAUCACCUGAAGGACCCCGGAAACUUGCUUCGAGAUCCACAAAACAGAGGUCUUCGCAUGACGGCAUUGUCUAUGUGUCUCGCCUUCAAUUCACCAAAUUGCUUUGAGUAUCUUCUAGCAGAAUUCCCAACCCUUUUGCAAGAGGAAAAUCUACUAUUAAACAUAGCAUGUGACGAAGAAGCGAGCCCAGUCUUCAUCAAACUGCUUCUGCAAUCUGGAGCUGACAUUAUGGCCAAAUAUGUGAAAGGAUUUACCCCUCUCGCACUGGCUCUGUCAAGGGGUUCCACAGAGACCGCAGAAAUGAUAUUGUCCCAUUGUUCACCUGAACAACGUCGAAAACUAUUGUCCCGUGAUGCCAAAAAUCGUCGCUCAAUAUUCUCCGACCUCAUUGCCUUGUGGAGUGUUGAAAGACGUUCAGAAAUAAUAACAGGCAUUACGUGGCUUGAAGAACAAAAAGGUGGUCACCUUAACGGACACGAAGGCGAGCCUCUUUGGCUCUGGAUAGUGCGCUUACCUCGACCCGUCAUUCCGUCCCAUAGAUUAUCGGAUCUUAAUUUACUGAAAUUACUCUUCCGCAUGCAAGGGCCCUCUCGCCCCUUUGAAGAGCUGACAUGGAGAGGUAUGCCAAUGCUACACUAUGCAGUAAUGAGUGGAUACUUCGAGGUGGUUGAACUGCUUCUCAAUAAGGGCUGCGACCCUAAUAUUGGGUGGAAAGUAACAGACCCGAAGACAUCACAGAUGCGUUUCUUCAAUGCCUCAAAGGAUGUAAUCACUCCACUCGAUGUGUCAAUUUUUAGACUUGGAGGCAUGGCUUUCCACACACCAGUUCCUCAUUGGGGGCAUCUUGAGUUUCAUAUGUGGACAGAUGACCUGGAGAAGAUUAAGCAAAAACUCUUGUCCAAUGGCGGGCGGGGCGUAUUUCAUGACGUGGUAAAGGAGAUGGACAAGGACCACGGCUUUCAAGAUGCCAUUUUAACGGACUUACCUGUCCAGAAAGGGGAGAUUUUGAAUGGUAUUUGGCCGGCACCAAUCACUUCGACACGGGAAGAAAGUACCUCCACCGAUGAAAGUACAGACAUCUUCUACAAUAUCAUGCGGUCUGAUCUCCGAAAUCAACAGAUCAAGAGACGCCAGGAAGAAGAGAGCAAGUUAUCAACAGCAGACUAUGUUCACACGGUACUAGCCAGAGCGCGUUUUAUGAAGCACCAAUGGCGACUUCCUCCAAACUGGCAAUAUAUUGAUUCGUUUGGAUUACCAGGUGAGGAUGGUGUGGGUAUGUAUUUCAAUGCCAUAACCCGCGUCAUAACACCUGAAAAGCCAGAGCUCUACAAAUGCAGAGACAAUUCUCACCUAACGAGUGAGAGUGAGAGUGAGGAGGAUAUAUACGAUGCUACACCAAAACUGAAACCUAGUGAUCCUUUACGUGAGCCCGAGACUGCCCUGAAUAUUGACAAAACAUCGAGCGCCGAAUCUAAACCACCAAACCUUGAUAAUAUGGAAAAAGAAGCUCCUAUUGUUAUCCCAACAUUGACGUUGGGUCAAGGCGUCGGUGGCGGGUCCCAUUCUCAUAACCCACUUCUUAAUGGUAUUGACCCAUCUGCCUUUGCACAAAGCACUCUUGGUGGCAAUACGAUGCUUCAUAUGGCUGCAGUUAUUGGCGAUAUCGAGGCAUUGGCACUUUUAUUAGAUCAGUACAAUAUAGAUAUCGAGCGCGAGAAUCCUGAUGGUCUGACCGCACUCCAGGCCGCCAUCAUGAGCAUGGAGCUUGAGGCGGCACAACUCCUCCUCUGCUAUGGCGCUGACCGCGACAGAAUCUUCCCCAAGCAGGGAUAUAGACCCCUCCACCAUACUAUUAGGGAGAGUAACUCCGGCAUGAUGGAGAUGCUACUCGAAGCUGGUGCUGAUAUCAAUGCAACAACAGUAGAGGGAUACUCCCCACUGCAGUUCUGUAUGAUAGUCGGUGACAAGCCAGAUCUAGUAGACAUACUCAUAAAGGGCGGGGCCAUAAUCGAUGCGAGGGGCCCAGAAGGAUCAGCGAUACUGAUGGCAACGAGUCGUGGUCACGAAGAUAGCUUCCACAGGCUUUUGUCAGCAAAGGCGUGUCUCGACCCAGACGAGCUCUUGUUGCACGCUGCGGCAAGGAGUGGCAAUGAGAGUAUUAUGACUACUCUGUUGGACCAGGGGCUCGACAUCAACAAAAAGGAUGACUCAUCUCAAACGCCUAUCGUUGACGCAAUUGUCCAUGAGCAUAUCCAGAUGGCGAAGCUUCUAUGUUCCCGUGGUGCAGACUUGGCGGUCAUACAAGAUUGCCAAUUUUUCAGGAAAUUUCGCGACGACAAUAAAGUGGAUAAAAUGGCUCUCUACGUUGGGCAUGGCAAUCGGAUACCUCCUACUGUGCUAGACGGCAGGGUUGGAAAAGAUGAUGGCAGAUGGGAGGAUUGGGAGCCUGCGGGAAUCACCGAGAUGCUUAACUAA